AUGGAUCUAGAGCGAGUUAAAGGUGAAAGCACGAUCGCUCUAACCUGCGCCUGCCCUUCUUGCAACAAUCCCAGAUUCUUUUCUCGGCCAUACACUGUUAUCUCUCUUUACAAAAUGUCUUCUCCUAGCAAGAGGCGAGAUAUGGAUGUCAUGAAACUGAUGAUGAGCGACUACACCGUGGAGCCCAUUGAUGAUGACAUCAACAAGUUUAAUGUGGAAUUUCAUGGCCCGAAAGAAAGUCCUUACGAAGGUGGAUUCUGGAAAGUUCAUGUGGAACUUCCGUAUGCUUAUCCUUACAGGUCUCCUUCCAUUGUGUUUGUCAACAAGAUUUUUCACCCAAAUGUUGACGAACAGUCUGGUUCUGUAUGCUUGGAUGUUAUUAACCAGUCGUGGAGUCCAAUGUACGAUCUGUUGAAUGUGUUUGAGGUUUUCCUCCCACAGCUUCUACUCUACCCGAACCCAUCGGACCCAUUGAAUGGCGAUGCAGCAUCACUAAUGAUGAAAGACAGAGCCCAAUAUGAGCACAAAGUCAAAGAGUAUUGCGAACGGUAUGCAAAGAAGGAGCACAUUCGAAACAACUCAACGGACGCAAGUGAUGAUGAUGUAAGCGAUGACGAGGCUAUUAGUGAUGGAAGGAGCGAAAGUGAAGACGAGGCUCCGGGACGUGCGGAUCCAUAG